CGGCGGCGGCAGCGGCGGCGGGAGCGGCGCGGACGGCCGGGCGGGCGGCUGGGGCGGCGGGGCGCUGGGGCCGCACGGGCCGGCUAGGGCUUCCCGGCUUGCGCGCUCCGGGUCUCGGCCGGCGGGCCCGCGGAAGGCGGCGAGGUGCGGCCGCGGAGCCAUGGUGAUCAUGUCGGAGUUCAGCCGGGCCCCCGCGGGCGCCGGCCAGGGCGCGCAGAAGCCCCUCCGCGUGGGCUUCUACGACAUCGAGCGGACCCUGGGCAAAGGCAACUUCGCGGUGGUGAAGCUGGCCCGGCACCGAGUCACCAAGACGCAGGUUGCAAUCAAGAUAAUCGAUAAAACAAGAUUAGAUCCAAGCAAUUUGGAGAAAAUAUAUCGAGAAGUUCAGAUUAUGAAGCUCUUGAGCCAUCCUCAUAUCAUAAAGCUUUAUCAGGUCAUGGAGACCAAGGAUAUGCUUUACAUUGUCACCGAGUUUGCGAAGAAUGGGGAGAUGUUUGACUACCUGACGUCCAACGGGCGCCUGAGCGAGGAUGAGGCGCGGGAGAAGUUCUGGCAGAUCCUGUCGGCCGUGGAGUACUGCCACAGCCGCCACGUCGUCCACCGGGACCUCAAGACGGAGAACCUGCUGCUGGGCAGCGCCAUGGACAUCAAGCUGGCAGAUUUUGGAUUUGGGAAUUUCUACAACUCGGGGGAGCCCCUCUCCACGUGGUGUGGGAGUCCCCCCUAUGCAGCCCCUGAGGUGUUUGAAGGGAAGGCGUACGAAGGCCCCCAGCUGGACAUUUGGAGCCUGGGGGUCGUGUUGUACGUCCUGGUCUGUGGUUCGCUCCCUUUUGACGGGCCCAACCUGCCCACCCUGAGGCAGCGGGUGCUGGAGGGCCGCUUCCGCAUCCCCUUCUUCAUGUCCCAAGACUGCGAGACGCUGAUCCGCCGCAUGCUGGUGGUGGACCCUGCCAAGCGGAUCCCCAUCGCCCAGAUCAAGCAGCACCGGUGGAUGCAGGCCGCCCCUGCCCCGCCGCCGGCCCCCUGCCCGCUGCGCGGCUGCAGCUCCAGCCUGGGCACCUACGAUGAGCAGGCACUGGGCCUCAUGCAGGCACUGGGCGUGGACAGGCAGAGGACGCUGGAGUCUCUACAGAACGGCAGCUACAACCACUUUGCUGCGAUUUAUUACCUCCUGCUCGAGCGGCUGGAGGAGUUCCGGAACACCCCGCCACCAGCCCGGCUGGGGAUGGCCCCACUGCCGAGGCCCAGGAGCUCGGAGCUCAGCAGCUUUGAGGUGCCCCAGGAAGGCCUCUCCGGCGACUCCUCCCGGCCCUGCCUGCUGGGCCCCCAGGCGCAGGCCUUGGUGCAAUCCGUCCUGCCGGCCGAUAUGGACUGCGAGCUCAGCAGCUCCCUCCAGCCCUUGUUCUUCCCCGUGGACGCCAACUGCAAUGGAAUGUUCCGGCACUGCUCCGGGUCCCCCAGCAGCCUGCUGGACACGGCCAUCAGUGAGGAGGUCUGGCAGGGGCCGAGCCUGGAGGAGGAGCUGAAGGCACAGGCCCCCCUGCCCCUGCCUGGCACCCCGGGCCGCAGGCACACGCUGGCCGAGGUCUCCAGCCACUUCUCCCCGUGUGCCCCUCCGUGUAUCGUGGUUGCCUCCUCCGUGGCGGCGAGCCCUUCCGAAGGCACCACCUCCGACAGCUGCCCGACCUUCUCGGCUAGCGACGGCCCCCUGGGGCUCAGCGAGGGCCCAGCUGCCCUGAGGCUGCUGGGCACCUGCUCCCCGCUGGGCCCCGCCUCGCCCUUCCUGGGCGCCCAGUCCGCCACGCCGGUGCUGCAGGGGGGCCUGGGCGGGGCCGUCCUGCUCCCCGUCAGCUUCCAGGAAGGACGGAGGGCCUCGGACACCUCGCUCACACAAGGGCUGAAGGCCUUCCGCCAGCAGCUGAGGAAGAGCGCAAGGGCCAAAGGGCUGCUGGGGCUGAACAAAAUCAAGGGCCUGGCUCGCCAUGUGUGCCCGUCCUCCUCCUCCUCCAGCCAGGCCCCCAGGGGUGGCCCGAGCGCCUUCCAGCCGCCCGCCCAGAGCCCGGGCCCCUACAGCUUGGGAGCCGGCAGCCGCGAGGGCCAGAGCUUGCUGGAAGACGUGCUCCACCAGCAGAGGUUGCUCCAGCUCCAGCACCACCCAGCGGCCCCGCCCACCCUCGGCCCCCAGGACAGCCCCCCAGCCCCCCAGCUCCCCAGCGCCCUGCUGAUGCCGCCGCACCUGCCCCCAGCCAGCACCUCGCCCGUGGCCUCGGCGGCCCAGCUCCUGGACGCCCACCUGCACCUCAGCAGCCACGUGCUGCCCCUGCCCCCGCUGCCCCCCCUGGCCGUGCUGUCCCCAAGCUUCAAGCCCAUGGGGCUGCCGCCGGGGGACUGCGAGAUGGAGGGCCUGAGCUGCUGCCCGCGGGGAGCCUACGUGCUGGUGCAGUGAGGAGGGGCCGGGCUCGGCCGCUGGGGACCCUCCAGUGCCGCGAGGACCUGGGCUCAGCCGCUGUGGACCUCCUGGUGCCCUGUGCCCCCUGCCUCGGCUGCCCCCCAGCCACAGCCUCAGCUCACGGCCCCUCCUUCCCCGGCCUGGGCUGACCAACCCUUCGAAGCAAUAAUCUCAGCGUGUGUGAAGAUGUUUCUGGACUCAAAGCCAAUAACUUUCUAGAAGUGAAACAAGCAAUAUGUUAGGUAUUUGGGCUUUUUAGUUUAUUUUUGGUUUGUUUGUUUUUUUCCUUUGCACUGAAUAACUGUGGCUAAGGAUUGAAAACACUGGGGGAUGUGACAGCUGAAGGGCGGUGGCUGGGAAGGGCCGGAGGAGGGAAGCCUGGGAACGUGGGUGGUCGUGAUGGCGGAGGGGGUGCUGUCCGCGGCCCCCCGACAGUUACCUCUGAAACCGUGGCGUGAAGCGGGCCUCCAUGGCCACAGAAGUGGAGGCUCCACGUUGCGUUGUGUGCGUGUGUGCGUGUCGAUUAGUGUCUUUUUUUCUUUGGGUUGUGAAUCAUUCUCCACUUUCUGAAACAUUUAUGCUUUAAAUGAAACUGUGAACUUUCCGCUUUACGUAUUGGUUUUUACAAAGCUGUAAUCGUCAGCCCGGGAGAAGAUAACCUACAAAUCCUCGGAAUUUUUCUCCCUUGAUACCAGAACCCAGAGUCAAGUUUUUUUAUUGUUUUCAAUAAGAAGUUUUAUAAACUGCUCAAGAAUUGGUGUUCAAGCAUUCUUCAGAGGAAGCUCAAGAAUGAACAGAGAAGCCCGGGCUGGGGGACCCUCCCUCCGUCUCCCACCCCCUCCCCUGCGGAGUCCCCAGGCCUCUGAAGAAGCUGGGGGAGAAUUCUUCUCUUGCUGCACAUUUUAUUUCCGCUGCUAAUUAAGUUUUUACGCAUUUCAUUAUCAGGGUCCAAAAAGAACAACCGACUUGGGGGGCAGUGAGGUUGGGGGGCGCGAUGUGCAGUAGUGCGCAGCCGCACUUGUUUGGCAGAGUUGGGGACGCAGGCACCGGCCCCCGGCCUGGAACCUUCCGUCCUGCCUCUGCGAACCUGCACGGCCCCGCUCAGGGUGGGCUCCCUGCGUUUGGCUUUUGUUCGAAGAAAACGAAACGAGAUGUUUAGGUCAAUGUUUUUAGGCUUUCCUUUUUACACAAAUAUUUUACGUGUAUACAAAUAGGAUAGAGAUACACUACUUAUCUUUUAUACUUUUACUACACUUUUGUGUUUCUGGCUUCACUUUCCCUCUUGGAUAAUGUUGGGGAACGUUCCUUUUGGCACCCACUUGUGGGUGGGUGGGGGGCUCAGGGCCUUUUCCUUCCCUCAGGGGCCCCCAGCUCGGUACCCCCAUGCGGCGGCUCCAUCUUCUCAAAGCCUCUUUGGAAUUAAGCGAGGAAAACUGCUGCUUCCCACGGGCAUCUGCCCGCCAGGUGCCCGCCCCUACCUAGCCAGGUGCCUUCAGCUCACGUGGGCUCCUCACAGCCUGCGGUGUUAAAGGUAGUGGAGAAAGGGAAGGGGGUGUUUUAAAAGCCAAAGAUUGACCAAGUCCCCGCGAGGGUAGGACGACAGGCCGGGCGUCUGGGGAAGCUGGGGCCAGCCACCCCGUGCUGAGGGACCCUGCCACAGACAGAACCGCUGAAAUCUGCUCAGACGGGGAGAACCUUCCGGACGGGCGAUUCUGAGCCCCUGGGCAGCCGGUGCCUCGCCUUCGUUUCCACGGAGGUGGCACAAUCGAUUCCAACGCUGAAAACCGUUUGCCCUUCCUAAAACGAUUUCUGUCCCAGUGCCAUGGAUCGAAAGCUCAGAAACCGCUGCGCGUUCCCUCUCUGAAGCAAUGACGAGCACUUUACUUCUGUGUUUUUUUUUCCCUUUCCUUAUUGCUGUAGAACCUCUCUUGGAGGACGGUCAGGUCAUGUUUUCAUUUCUUGUGUGUGUGUGGAGUGUGUGGGGUGCGUUCUGUAGGCGUUCUCCCCGGGCCACUCGCAGCUUGUGGCCGGUGGCCCAUUCAGACACUACGUGGUCGGACUCAGAUGUACAUAGUGGUUUGUUUUUUAUCCUAACAGAGUUAUUUUAUUUCUUAUGUUGAAAUGAGAAAUGUAUGCCAAGUGAUUAGUCAAUGUGUGUUUUUUAAUUUAAUAUUUAAAUAAAAUGUGUGGGGGAAAAGAG